AUGUGGAGAGAUCGACGAGACUACGCUCACGGAACCGGUCACGGAGUGGGUGCCAAUCUCUGCGUCCACGAGGGACCCAUCGGCAUGUCCGGUCGACGAUCCCAGGCCUACCCUUCCCUGGGCAUUGCUGAACCAGGAAUUCAAAAGGAUAUGGUGGUUACAAUCGAGCCUGGUUACUACGUCGACGGUAAGCACGGAAUCCGCCUGGAAAACGUGGUUCUCGUUGUGGACAGUGGUCAAACGGCUCGCAACUCCACCACCCAAUUUCUCGCUUUCGAGGCUCUGACUCUAGUACCCUUCCAACGCCGUCUAAUUGACGUAGAAGCGUUGGGUCCGGAAGCGGUGGCCUGGGUUGACGCCUACCACGCAACUGUACGUGAACGUUUACUCUCUCGAAUUGCCGCGGUUGAAGGGGAACAUCAUAACAUGGAAGGAGAUGCGCUGAGUCCUGCCCGUAGACGAACUCGUGAUUGGAUUCUGCGGGAGACAGAACCCCUCUGUAAACCAAACAACUAA